AUCAACAAUUGGAUUGAAGUAAACUCAGAACAACAUGGCUACCCAAACCUCAUUCUAUGUAAUAGUUCUAUCCAUUUCCUUAGCAACAUUCUUUUUCUUCAAGGUGAACUCAACUGAAACCACUUCCUUUUCCAUCACCAAGUUUGUAAGAGACCAACAAAACCUAAUCUUCCAAGGUGAUGCCUAUACCACAAAUGAGAAGUUGAUACUCACCGAAGCAGUAAAGACUGUUGCUGGCAGAGUUCUCUAUUCUGCACCUAUCCAUAUCUGGGAUAGCAAAACAGGCAACGUUGCUGAUUUUACAACUUCCUUCACUUUUGUCAUAGAUGCACCUAGAAUUUACAACAUUGCCGACGGGUUUACCUUCUUCAUCGCACCUGUUGAUACCAAGCCGCAAACUGGUGGUGGCUAUCUCGGAGUUUUCAAUAGCCAAGAUUAUGAUGUAACUAGUCAAACUGUUGCGGUCGAGUUUGACACGUUCUAUAAUACUGCCUGGGAUCCAAGCGACGGAGACAGACAUAUUGGAAUCAAUGUUAAUAGUAUCAAAUCCAUAAGUACUAAGCCGUGGGUUUUGCAGAAUCGCGAAGAGGCUAAUGUCAAGAUAAAUUUUGAUGCUGCUACUAAUGUUUUGAGUGUUUAUUUAACUUAUCCUAAUUCAGUUAGUUAUACACUUAGUGAAAUUGUGCCUUUAAAGAAUGCUGUUCCUGAGUGGGUAAGGGUUGGUUUCUCAGCUACAACUGGAGCAGAAUAUGCAGCACAUGAAAUUCUUUCAUGGUCUUUUCAUUCUGAGUUGAGUGGAACUUCAAAUUCUAACCAAGCUGCUGCUGCAUAGAUUGUGGCGUCUUAUCAUCAUGCAUGUCAUGUCAUGUGUGAUAGAUCCAAUUCUAUAAAUAAACUGCACAUGUAUAUGCAGUACUUGUAAUAUUAUUAUGUAUGUCAGUUGUCAUUGUAACGUCAC